CGUCAGCUAGGUCUCCGCCGCGCGGCGGCAGCGGUGUCCCACAGCCGCAGCGUCCGUCCAGCGCGCAUCGCAGGCGGCCGCCGCUCUCCGCUCUCCCCGGCCGGGACCAGGACCAGGACCAGGACGCCUCUCCGCCCCGCGCAUGCAUCGGCUGUGAGCCCCUCCGCGCCUCUCCGCCCCGCCAUGUCCUCGGCCGUCACCGAGACGGAGGAGUCGGCGCACAGCUCCCCGCUGACCCCGCUCAAGCUGGUGGGGCUGGUGUGCGUCUUCCUGGCGCUCUGCUUGGACGUGGGAGCCGUGAUGAGUCCUGCGUGGGUGACCGCCGACGACCAGUACUACCUGUCCCUGUGGGAGUCCUGCUGGAAGCCGGGCAGCUAUGAGAAGUGGCAGUGCAGCAGCACGCUGGGCUCAGACUGGCAGGUUGCCACGCUAGCCCUGUUGCUAGGGGGCGGAGCCUUGGUGCUGAUGUCAUUCCUAGUGGCUCUGGUCGCCGUGUGCAUCGGCACGAGGCGACGGUUCUACGCUCCUGUUGCCUUCAUGCUCUUUGCAGCAGUUGUCCUCCAGGCCUGCAGCUUGGUCCUCUACCCCAUCAAGUUCAUCGAGAGCAUCAACCUGCGGAUCUAUCACGAGUUCAACUGGGGCUAUGGGCUGGCCUGGGGAGGCACCAUCUUUUCCUUUGGCGGGGGAAUCCUCUACUGUCUCAACCCCAAGAGCUACGAGGACUACUACUAGCUUCCACUGAUGCUGGGACUUCACAGCUACAUGGUGGCUAAGAAGUAGACAGGGGUGGGGGGGUUGGGUAUGUUUUUUUAACUGCUGAUUUACCUGGAUGUGUUGGAAACACAUUGGCCCAAAUGUAGUCAGAAGCUUUGAUCCUUGGAAACCAAACGGAUGGUCAAGAUAUUACUUUUCUUGCCUCUUGUCAAAAGAAUUGUGAUCGUUUGAUGCAAAUUCAGAGUUGAACUGACUUAGCAGAUUGAUCUUAGCAGGGAUUGGGCUGGUUUCUAAAUGGUUUAAUGCUAGGACUUGUGAAACUCUCUUCUGAAAACUACUGAUGGCAGUCUCAUCAACUCCGCCUCUGCCCUGGCUUCAAAAACCCAGCGUUUGGUCUCUGGUCAUUACAGCAGUCUAGCAUGUAGACUCCUGGAUCCCUUCACGUCCAGCUCCACCGUCAGAUCUUCCGCUUGGUUAGAUGAGCCGAUCUUUCUUUUUCAGCAUCCUGUGGAGUCUCUGAACAUUGACAAGGUUGUGGAAGUGGAUCACAUCCUCAUAAGUUGUCGACAGACAGAGUCUUCCUGAAGGAAGGUGAGGGCAGAAAUAAAGUAAAGUAAGACACUCAGUCAAUAUUCUGUUAUCGACCCACUUGUCUGUUACCAGGGCAACCCACAGGGAGUGCACAUGCGGCUGUCAUGAUUGAUUAGCCAUGGUCAGGAGUUGUAAGACAGUACGGCCCUCCGAGGCCUCCAAGCGUCUUCGAUUGCCCAUCGAGCAGAGUUUCUCCGACCACCUGUCAUCUGGUGUAGCGUCUCCCCCUCCGGUAAUACGCUUUGAGAAAACAGAGUGUUGUUGCUUAUUAUGCGCCAUAUUUUCAGCCCAUCAGUGGUCAGGUUUACAUGCACAACAGCCGUGUUAUAAAGGAGGAAUGUCCUGAAUGGCAUCGGGUAAUUAUGCACUCGUCUGAUGGAGAUCCCUCAGGGCAUUCAUGUCUCGUCUAAUUUCCUGACUGCGUUUGGCAAUAUUACUCAACCCAGAUAGGGAUGAAAAGGAUGCUCUGGCAUAGUCGGCUGCAAAAAAACUAUGUCUACACUCCAAAGUGAUAGAUUUGCUACAUAAAUGCAUUCAAAUUGGUGUAGAUAAAGGAUGACUAUUCAAUAUUUACUCUUACAGAGAACAGUUAGUUGGAGAUUAUUCAACUUGUACCAAAUGAUAAUUGGCUCACGUAGUACUUCAAGGUUCCAGAGACUAUUCAAGAAUUCACUCUUCAUUUCCCUCCAUCUGUGCCUUUCUCCAAGUCAUCAACACAUUAGGCUGUGAGAUCCUACGUUCAGGAUAUGUGCGAACAGGCAGAUCAGGUAAAGGAAGAGUUGCAGGUCCUACAGCUGUUCAUUCUGGUAUGAUCCAUUGGAACUCGCAGGUUGGGUGUCAUGACUUCCCAAAAAGAAAAGAAUCCUCAAUUUAAAUCUAAAAUAUCUUGCCCUACAGGUAAAAAAUGUUGUGAUAGCUUUAAUAGGAAACCGUGGGAUGUGCCUCGCACAAGUAUUCAUGCUCCCUCUUAGGUCUCCACAUUUUUUCCUGUUACAACCUCAAACUUUGAUAUUUUGUAUUGGGAUUUUUGUGAUAGAACAUCAUAAAGUAGUGCAUAAUUGUGAAAGGGUAAAAAUACACCUAUGGUAAAGAUUGGACAAGUAUGCCUUACAUUCGUAUUAACCCCACUUUGUUUUGAUGCAUUUACAUAAAAUUCAGUGUAACCAAUUCUUCAGAUCUCAACUAAUUAGUGAGCCGAGUCAACUUGUGUUUAAUUUAACCUCAGUAUAAAUAUAGUUGUUCUGUGCAAGUGCUGUGACUGGGGUGGAGGUUCACCUUCCUGCAGGUCAACAAACCUGGCAUAAUGAGCUACAACUUAAAUGAUUUAGUGUUAUAAUGGCCCAGUCAAGGCUCUCCUUUCAAUCUGACUGAACUAAAGGGGUUUUGUGAAGAAGAAUAAAUAAUGUGCCAAGCUGGUAGAAACAAAUCUCGGCCUGAAUUGAAAUGCAUACAGAGGGAAUUUCUGAAUGUGUUCACAAGACAAAGCAGAUCUCAACUUUGAGAAAAACGUUGUAAUUACGGGAAUCUAUCGAGUUUUUUAAAGUGGAGUUCUGCCGUGAACGUAUGAGUAGUUAAUGGCCUACUUGUAGUGCAUAACUCUUUGAGUCCAUUGCUUUAGGUAUUUAGCUUUUUAACAGAGGCUAAAUCUUACAUAUAGUUCAGUCGUCUGGGGUACUCUUGUUGUAUUUCAGACUAGGAACUGUGAAAAUCUGACUUGCGAGUUUGAAUAGAACAUACCAGGCCCUCUGUUGAACUGGGGACCUUGAGCUCUGGCUAGGUUUGCUUGUCUCUCUGGCUAGCUAUCAGUAAAGAUUUUAUAUUUCUUAUGCUGUUUGUGGCAUAGAAAUAUUUACUUCUGAUUUUAUCAGUUUUAUUUUAGACUCUAAAUUGGAGAAUUUAAUCAAAGGCAGUCUAAACUGCAAGAUAACCAUUUAGUUUAGCAACAUUACCCUAUGGCAGAUGUUAGCUUUAGCAUAGUUAGCGGCUAAGGGUUAGCCAGUUGCAGCAUUUUCAGAGCUCACAAAUCAUUCCUGUCUUGGCUGACACGCAGUCAGAAUUUCUUUUUUCUACCAUUUCUCCAAAAUGCUGCCACACAAACAAUUUAAGCGUGAUGGCUGCUUCUUGAAAACUUAUUUGGUCGAGUAUUCUCAGCCAGCCCAACUACAAGUCUUUAUUAGCCAACACUUGGCCUCACUUAGACUGGCGUGUGAACAGACAAAUGAAAAGGUCUAUUCCUGUGUGUAUCUAAGCGUGGCUGCUGACUCCGACUGUUCAGAAGUUGUUCCUACUGAGAAGUUCAGACUAUGUUCAGCUGGUAAAUGUCAGGAAUGGACACGCAGCUCAAUAUGUAGUUUCUAGUGGAAGACAUUGUGAGACGUGUCUAGUUAUUGAGAGAAGGAAAAUGUCACAAUCAAUCGAGCCAAGGACACAUAUUGGUAGAAAGUAAGUCUGGUAUUUUACUUGCAUUACAGAAAUAAUCAUCUGACCGUGGUAGAUUUCUCUCGCUUCCCCUGCCUCCUAAUCUUGGUCUGAUAUUUUUAUUCAUGUUGUCAUAUUCUCUUUUAUUUAUUGAUUUUAUUUGAUGUAUUUUUCUGUCAUGUAUACGUCUUUUUAUGAUUGUACACCACCUUUUCUUCUGGUUCCUUACAGGACAUUUUCACUUGCUUAUUAGUAACCAGCUCCUUUUUUUUUUCUUUUCUUUUUUUUUCACCGGGAAAAAGUAUUUGUCCCCUUACAGAUUGCAGGAAAUGCAGCUUUAUAAGCUAUCCUAACCAACCUGACCCUAGGUGAAAUUAUAGGCUGUAGUCAUUUUCUCUAGCCUCACUCAGACAUGAUUGUGGCCGAUUGUCUGAAAUAGAACCUGUAUGACAACAUGAAGUAGGUCAAAAGAUCUGAAAACACAAUAGCUAAUACCUUAAGCUAAAUAAAUUCAAGCUACAUUCCUAGCUUGAAUCAAGCUUGAAAGCCUGGAGUGACAUUAAACAGAGACAUCAUGCUUGAAAAGCCUCUGACGAUGCAGAACACGGAGAACAAUUCUGCAAAGAAGAGAUGGCUAGAAGUCCUUUGUUUUAAAAUGGCUUUUUAUAUUUACUCUGGUUAUCCUUCUGUGAAAAAAGCUUUUCUUUUACAUCUAAAUGAUCCAAGUGUGAAUAAAAAGCAAUAGCAGAAAAAAUCUGUAAGGAGGUAAAUACUUUUGGUAUUUAGUUUUUUCAGUGAACAGUCAGAGGUACCAAGGAUUUCUACUACGCAGAAGUAUCAAAUGAAAGAGAAGAUUGUAUUUGAUUAUAAUAUUUAAUGUUUAAUUUACUACAGUACCUAAGUUAGUAUUCUAUAGCAUAUAUGCUAUCUUUGUCUAUUUUGUUUUACCCUAUAUUGUGCAUUUUGUAUCCUUGAUUACUUUCCUUUCUUUGGCAACAUUUUCCUCCACCCCAUUCUCCAGGUGUGUGGGGAUUUGAAUGCAAAGCAGCUCUUCUGCGGAUAUUUGGUGAUUCAAGCAGUGUCUUUCAUUCUCUGUCCCCUUCAUUGUCACAUAUUUACCGCGGAGCUGUCAAGGAACCAUCAUCCAAAAAUAGGAUCCAGGCCGACUCCCUAGCCACCCAAACAAAUAAAGGACUUGGAAGGCAGCCAUGUGCUUCAAGGAACUGACAGAAGUCCAUUCAUUUUAUGUCAACCAGCGUAGACGCUCCUACAUGUGGAGGGCGUAUACAGUGAAAGGUUUAUACAUUGUGAAAAAAAAACACUCCUCAUUAUUUUUCAAUCCAUGAACGUGUUGAAGUCCUUUUUAAUACCUUCCUAUGUACUUUUCUUUCUGAUACAGACUAACAGUUAUUUUGUAAAACCAAAAUGUUUUUUUCUGUUUGGACUUUACGUCUUCAUGCAAACUGAGUUCUUAGUGGAAAAAAACCCCAGCCAUUUUAUGACAGAACUACACUUUUCUGGAUGUUAUUUUGAACGAUUUUUCAUCUGUAGCAGAACUCUGCGUCUACUGUGUGUCUGUUGGGUAAAAAAAAAUCUGUGAUAUACUUUUUGCCAGCAGGUACCGGUAAUAUUGACAACAGCUGAAAUUUCAAAGGAAGGUCCUCAGUAAUGGCUAUAGCAGUGCCAGACGGAAGAUUCUCACAUCAGAUCAGAAAAAAACAUCCUCAGUGCUGUGGUGGUUUACUUUGCAUAUUCGUUAAAUCACUGGACACCCAGUCCACACCUAUAUAGAUUUAAAAAAAGUCUGCUUUAAUAAGCGUCUUUAAGAAUCUCAUUUCAGAUAGUUGUUUGGUCUAGUAGAUAAGCAAGCUUUACCAUUAACAUUUUCUUCUAUGGAAAUCAGGGGGAAAAAGACUAUUAAUCAAAUUAGUCAUUUAUAAACUAUUCCAGCAACAAAAUGCACUCCUUUAGUUUAUUUAUUUAGUAUCUGGUUACAACAAAAGUUUUUUCAAGGUGCUUAACAAGAAAAACAAAGUGAACUAACUUAAAGUGCACAAAGAUACACAAUAAAUCAAAUCACUACAAAAGCAAGGUGCAGUUGGUUUUAGAGAAUCUUUAGCCAGGCACUGCUUUAUCAAUGCUGGAGAUCUUUUUAAUGUUGACAUUAUCGUGACCUGCCGGCACAGCGUAUAGGUACAACAAUAACUUUAAUUUGACUCUUGCAGACAUAUUGUUCCAAAAGCAGUGUUUUGUUUUUUUUAUUUUAAUUCUGCCUUUCUGUUCUCCAGGCUUAUGAAUGUUCAGCUUCUUUUAUUUUUAUACUUCAUUUGCUAUGACAAUUAUUAUUUUUUUUCUGAUUGUGCCAUUAAAGCUUAAUAAGGGUGUUUUGCUAACGAGUAGCCCCUCACAUUCUAACAGAUCCGGGGUUAAAAUGUGCUUUAGUACAUUAUUUCUGCAUAACGUUGUGAGGAUAGCCUGAUGCUUAUUAAUGUUUAUACGCUUUGCCCCAAACCGAGGCUUCCUGAUGUAUUUUCAAACUCAGGAAAUUGCUGCAAGUACAUGUUCAUAUUCUUUGAACUUUUCCACAUUGUCUGUGCACAUCAGAGGACCUACAGUUCUGCAGUCAGACUGAAUGGAGAGCAUCUGCACUCAACGUUUGAUCUGGACUUUGACUGGUCCCAUUUAGGCUUUUGUCUUGUUGGACGGUGAAUUUCCAGCAGCUUUUGACGGGUUUUCCUUCUAGGAUUAUCCUGUAUUCACAUCCAGCCGUCCAUCCUCACACUGACCAGCUUCCCUGUUUCAGCUGAAUAAAAAUAAAGAGAACCCAGCAUGAUGCUGCCACCACCUUGCUUUACCAUGCAGAUGAUGCAGAACACCCUGAGAAGUUGGUUUACCAUGCAUCAUUUUCAUUCCACUUAACAAUUAUGCACUACUUUAUGCUGAUCUAUCAUGUGAAAAACGAGAUAAAUAUGCUAAAGAUGGUGGUUGUAGCGUUACAAAAUGUGGAAAAGUUCAAGGGCUGUGAAGUUGUUCGUUAUUAACCCUGGAUUUUAAGCUAAUUUCACUACCUGAGUCAAAUUUGAAGGAACCGUUUUCUUUUAAUUUCUUACUUUGGGAGCCGCCGUGGUUGUAGCAAUGAGCUUCUGAUUUGAAAAGAAACAGCAAAUGCUUCAGCAGAGGUUGCUUUUUGACCGAUUGGGUCAGUAUGAAUACAGUUAUGUUUUUGUUUGAAAGAACAGGAAAAAAAAUGCUGUUUCCAUGUCCCUCCCUCACCCAUAUGAUGUUAGAUUCAUUAGUUUCUGGCCGAUGUCGAUCCCCUGCGUGUUUUAGUCCAGGUCUGACGUAGCUGUGACUGAUAGCAUUUGUUUGCUUAGUAACUUACUGAUGAAAAGUAGAGGCUUGUAAACAGAAACAGCUCCUUUUUUAAAGCAUCCUUUCCCAGUAGACUGAAGGGAAACACUGUCUAAUGAUGUGCAUAGGGAUUUAGAGUCCGUUUAUGUGUGCGAACGACUGCACAACUGUGCAAGUACGUGUGGCAGGCAGAAAAAAGUGUGUAUUUGUGCAUGUGUGCUGGCAUGUUUUAGAUGCCAUUGUAGAGAUGUCACUAAUCAGCAUUUAUCUCUUUCUACACAUUAAAGCACUGAACUGAA